GAGAGCAGCUCUUCUAAUCAUGCAGAGAUACUUCACAAUUAGUGGCGGAAUGGGGCUCUGCUUCUUCGUUGCCUUCUCUAGCCUCGUCCUCUCCCUCCUGCAUCUUCCGGCGGCCGCUUGCUCCUGUGGCCGGUCGGACUGCGAGCUCAUCGCCCUCGCCUUCCGCCACGUCUCGGGAUUUCAGCUCCCCCCUCCCACGGGCGACUGCUCCCUCAGGCUCCCCUCCCGCAACCUCAGCGGUGCGGUCUCGUGGAUGCACCUGCGCAGUGUCUCCGCCCUCCGUGUCCUCGACCUGUCGGGCAACGCCCUCGGUGGGUCCAUCCCCGGCGGGUUCUGGUCCGCCCCGGCCCUCCUCCACGUCAACCUCGCAUCCAACCGCCUCGACGGCGUCCUCCGGUUCGACCCCGGCUCCCAGACGCCGCCCCUCAGGUCGCUCAACCUCUCCGGAAACCGGUUCACUAGCGUUGCCGGCCUCGCUGCCCUGCCCCGUUUGGAGGACGUCGACUUGUCGCGGAACAGCCUCGACUCCUUCCCGGUCGGGCUGGAGAAGCUCGGAAGACUGCGGCACUUGGACUUGUCGCAUAACUCGAUGAGAGGGGUGUUGCCGGAGGGAUUUCCGCCGAUCGCCGGCGGGCUUGGCUACCUCGACGUCUCUUACAAUAACUUCACCGGCGUCGUGCAGCCCGAGGCGGUGAAGAAGUUUGGGGAGCCUGCCUUCGUCGAAGCCGGCUCUCUUCAGUUUGUUUCCGCUGCUCGCGUCGUCGCCCAUUCGUCUUCUCCUAGUCGUUCGCUUCGGAGGACGAGACACAGAAGAUCGAGGAAAAGAAAAAUUACAUUGUUGUCAGCUAUUCUUUCAGUUGCUGCCGUUGCUAUCAUUCUUGUGGCGCUUUGGUACUUGCAUCGAGUCGAUAAAGAGGAGCAAAGGGCAAGAGAAGAGAAAGAGGGAGGUGCCGCCACCGUGGGAGAUGAAGCCGGUGGUGCUGUACAAAAAGCCGAUGAAGGCGACGUCGAGGUUCGUGAAGGAGUCUCAGCUGGAAAAGGGCAGGCGGAGCAACCCCACGUAUAGGGCGGCGGUACUCCCCAGCUACGUGCACGAGCGGUACGGAUGGUGGAAGUCUCUGCCACCCCCUUUUGAACAGUGAUCCAAGCCACCUAAACCAAAUUGCGGACUUUCUCCUGGAAGUCUUCUCACAACGUUGCUCUGUUAUGUCCUCUGCUCUGCAUCUUGUUUCUUGAUUCAUGUCCUGUAAAUGCCUACACAGAUUCUUUGCUUGUUUUCAGCUUAUAACCUUCUCUA